AUGUCGAACAAUAACGGUCCCGAGAAGGAUGUCUCCUUGUACGAAGAUGAGACCACAAAUUCGUCAAACCUUGGCAAGGAAGUGAUGCGAAGGCGACCAACCCUACUGGGCCGUAUAGAAGAAACUAUAGGGGCUACUUCACCCCUCUCAUUGCCACCGGAAGGAGCAAAUGCGACAGAUGGCGAAGCAUAUCGGGAUGAAAUUGCAUUUGGCAUAGAAAGUCCAUUCAGUAUGCUCGAUGAAACUGAUUACAGAAAGGAUCUGAACUAUCCGAAGCCCCAAUCACGGAAUAGUCCAUCCAGCUAUUUUGCACCUACAAGAUCGUCCCAAGCGAAGAAACAUAACAGAAUUGAGCCUUUCGGUCGCCAGGGCAGUCCUUUACUUCGGACGUCCUCCAUGCAUAACACACGGCCAAUGUCUCCUCUGGCACGCAAUAACAGUGCUCUCAGAAACCACGGGAAUGAUAACACUGAAAGUGGACACAUGUCUCACUCGGUGACUGAACAAAGGGGUGAAGCUCAUAAAAUGCCAGGCGCCACCUUUAAUUCGACAGACAGCCCAAGAUUUUAUGAGAAUAACAUGACCAACAUAUUUGGUGGUUGGGACAAGGUAAAAGAUGCAGACUUGGGAGAGUCAUCAAGAGUGGACGUAUAUGAGCGCCUAGAGAAAGAAGCAACGAAGGAACGAUGCGAAGAACUGGAAAAUCUUAAAGAAGAGGUUGUGAGCCUACGUCAGCGUAACUACGAGCUAGUAGCUCAGAAUGGGAAUCUCAAAGCUUUUAGCGUGGAGCAUGACAAGGCCAUAGAAGAUAAACUAAAGUCUUGCCAGUCCGAAUCAGAAACAUUGAAGCAAAACUACGAUGCCCUCUCCACUAAAUGUCGAAAACUCGAAGACGAAGUCAAGGCCCAAACGUCACGGAAUGAAGCGACAGAAACAGAGAACAAGGGGCUUCGAGCAACAGUUGUAGAAAAGCAAAAUGACAUUGCCAAGAUGAAGACUGAGCUCAAGAAAAAAGACAAUGAGUUAGUAGACAUGACUCAACACGCCGCAGAUAUUGAAGAAGAGGCAUUGCAGAGCAACAAGAAACUUACAAGGCUAGAAAAGUCAGUAUGUGAUAUGGGCGCAGUCAUCGCAAGGUGGAUACAAGUAUCGUUUAAGGGCACAGCCAUCGACCUUAAUGAACUCAAUCAGGUCAUACAAAAUUGCGCAGAUGAUGCUGAGACCGAGGAAGUGCUGUUGCAUGUGAGGCAGUUGGUGAAGAUGUUUGUUGAGAAGAACGGAAGUCUGGAGCGUCAAUUGGAGGACAGGAAAUACGAAAUUACCAACAUCAAAAAGGCAAUCGAAGAGCAAUCGCACGAGGAAGUUCCACCGACUCCUGGUCUGAUGCUUCCGACAAACCCGCUGUAUAGCAGUGACAAAAUCGAAGCUCUCUAUAAAGAAGAGCGAGCAAAGCGGAAAGCCGCUGAACAAAAGCUGAAAGCCUUUACUACAGAAGACAAGCAAGAUCCACAUCUCCAAAAGACCCAGCAAGACCUUCACUCUCAACUAGCAGACCUCGAAGCACAAAUCGCACUCCUCACCCAAGAAGCCCAAGACUCCCAGUACCUAGCUUCCGACUGGAAAUCCGAACUCGCCCUCAAACAAUCCGAACUCGACCUACGCACCGAAGAAUUCCAAUCCGCGCUCGACAAAAAAGACGAAGAAAUACUCAGCUACAUCUCCGCCUACCACACUUUCACCAGCAACCCUGCCAUGCGCAAGCCUUCCGCGCUGCACAGCCAAAUCUCAGCCCUCGAACACCAAUAUGCCUCACUCAAAUCCUUCUCCAACCACGUCUCCAACGCCGACGCCAAAAAACGCAACAUAAUCACCCGUCUAGAACGCAAACUCAAACUAGCAACCACCUACACAACCGACGUACAACAAGCCGUGUACGCGCGCCGAAAACUGCCACCACCCCCCGAUUACACGAGAAUAGAUGAUGCAGAGUUUGAGUCGGAGUCGGAGCUGGAUGAGGAUGAGAAUGGGUUGGAGAUGCAGCCACCGCGGUUUGUGGCGCGGCCGAGGAAGGUGCCGCGGUAUUUGAUGGAGCCGGCGGUGGGGAGGAGGGGCGAGGAGGUGGAAAUGUAUAGGGAGGAGUUGAGGGUGAAGAGGGAGAAGGAGGUUCUUGGGUUGGUGGUUGAGGAGGAGAAGACGAGGGGGGGUGGGGAGUGA